AUGUCCGGUACAUUGCAGUCGAGAAGGUUGAAAGAGAUUGAUGUGGGGGAGAUUGCUGAAAUAAACCCGUUCGUUAAGCUGGUGAAUGACCAGAGAAUUGUGGAAAUACCAGAAAUGGUGCUGGAGUCCGAGAUAAGGAUAACGAAUUUUCCUAUCGCGUAUAAAUCGUGGGGUAGCCUCAACGAGAAGGCAGACAAUUGUCUGGUGGUGUGCCAUGCGCUCACGGGGUCUGCGGACGUGGCAGACUGGUGGGGGCCUCUUCUGGGAGAUGGUCUGGCGUUCGAUCCGUCGAGGUUCUUUGUGAUAUGUCUGAACUCGAUGGGCUCGCCGUACGGGUCGUUCUCACCGCUUUGUCAAAACGAGGAGACUGGAAGAGCGUACGGGCCGGAGUUCCCGCUCUGCACGGUGCGAGACGACGUGCGGGCCCACAAGAUGGUGCUGGACUCCUUGGGAGUGACGUCAAUAGCGUGCGUUGUGGGUGGAUCUAUGGGUGGCAUGCUGGCGCUCGAAUGGGCGACCAUGUACGGCAAGGAUUAUGUCAGGAACAUGGUUGCAUUGGCUACUUCAGCUAGGCACUCGGCUUGGUGCAUUUCGUGGUCGGAAGCGCAGAGACAAUCGAUUUACUCCGACCCGAAGUAUCAAGAUGGCUACUACUCUUUACAGGAUCCUCCUACGGCUGGUCUGUCGGCCGCCCGUAUGUCGGCGCUGCUGACCUACCGCUCGAGGAACAGCUUUGAAACGAAAUUUGCUCGAAGAACUCCUUCAGCUGAGCAGGAGAAUAAGGCAGGGAAACAGAGCCUGCCACCGCCAUCUACUGUGAGCGAACAUUCUAUGCAGAUUCAUAACGAUGGAAACAGAAGCCGUUACGAACCUACCCGCAUGAGCGUCUCGUCAUCCACGUCGUCAUCAUGUUCAUUCCACUCAGCAUCUUCAAUAACCUCUAACUGUUCCGCUGUAGGCGAAGUCAAAGAAGUUAAACCCGCACAAACAUACUUCUCCGCUCAAAGCUAUCUGCGAUACCAGGGAAGUAAGUUUGUGAACAGAUUCGAUUCUAACUGCUACAUCUCGAUAACACGCAAGCUAGACACCCAUGACCUGGCUCGUGACAGGCCGGAAUAUAACGAGGACCUGACGCAGGUUCUGCAUUCAAUAAUGCAGCCUUCGCUAAUAAUAGGGAUAAAAUCAGAUGGACUAUUCACCUACUCAGAACAGGAGUUCCUAGCGGAAAAUAUACCGAACUCCACCUUGGAGAAGAUUGAGUCCCCAGAAGGUCACGAUGCUUUUCUCCUACAAUUCAAAUUGAUUAACAGCCUGAUUGUCAAUUUCCUACGUAAAAAUGCCGAGGAGAUCAUGAAUUCUCCUCCUCGUCUUUGGAAAGAACAAAAUCAGCUGCAAACUGUGAACGAAUCUCUGUUCGGAGAGGCGGAAGAAGUUACCAACUGGUAA